CCGCUGUUAUACUACCCUCAAAGCAAAGGUGUAUGAUUUGUGAUCUGUGUAUAUGUGAUAGAAAUUGACAAAAUAGCCUAAAUUGCCGAACAAUAAUGUAAUCGGUAAUGCAAGUUGAAAUGUAUGGUACGUAAAAAUAUAAUAAAUUUGUAGUUAUAAAUAAGGAAUUAUAUUGUUAAAAAUGCUUUUCUCCAAAAAAUGAGGAAUGAACUACUCUAUGUAUUAGUGGCUUCCGUGUUUUACAAAUAAUAAACAACAAUGUCAAAAUAGUUAUAGUAGUAAAAAUUGCCUCAAUCAUAAUUAGAAAUGUCUAGAAAAGGAAUUGUAGACGUUUUUCAAACCAAAACAACCAGAAAUGAUCGAUAUGCCCAGAUGUCUCAUCAGGAAAAACUUAUUGAACAAAAGAAGAGGGAAAUUCAAGCUAAAGUGGAACAGAAGAGAAAAAGUGGAAAUUCCGAGAAAAGUGAAAAAAAUAAGGAUACUAAGUCAUACACUAAGAGUUACAAUCAAUUUUCUAAUGAUGGAUCGUUUAUGGACCAAUUUAAACAAAUGAAGGACAAGAAGAUUGAUCAGAAACUAAAAUCAUUUAAAUUUAGCCAAGAAAAAUCUCACAGUGAAGAUCGUAACAGAAACAACAGAUGGUCACAUCGCAGACGUUCUCCUUCUCCUAUCUCAUCCAGACAUAAAUUUUCUGACAAGUUUCAAAACAAUGAACCUAAAAUUAGUAUAUCAACGUCUUAUACUAAUUUCAUAUCACAAGCCAAUUUUAAUGUUCAAACUUCUCAGAGUAUUAUUACCCCAGAGAAUGCUGUUGGCCAGCCUCUCCUAAAAAAUGACCAGUCUUCUUCAAAUGUUACAUUUCCUCCCCCUACACAAACUUCCACAACGGUCAUUUCUGCCCUGCCUCUUAUGUUAAAUGCUCCUCCACCUCCAAUAAUCCAACAAAAUGCCGUAUUGAUGCAACAACCUGCUUUACCAUCUACAGCUGUCAUUACUUCUGAAAUUCGAACUCCCACGAUAAUAACAUCUUUAAGUUUGCCCCCUCCUACUUCAGCAAUUGGACCCCAAAAUGCUCCUGAUUUGACUGGAGCAACAUUACCAGUUUUGGGACCUGAAAACGCUUUAAAUAUUCCCACUCUUCGAUCCAUGACUUCUGUUGAAUUGGCAUCUAUACCAUCACCAAACCCUUUACAAUUACAAAGUAUUCCCCAACCUGAACCUAUAAAUACCAUGAAUAUUCCUCCUCCAGCACCGCUACAAGUUCAAAAUAUUCCCCCUCCUUCUUCUAUUCAAUUAAAUGAAAUCCCAAAACCAAAACCGAUUGAUAUUAUUAAUAUUCCAACACCCACAGAAGUUGCUACAAAUUUAGAAAAUAGUAUGUCUGAUCCCGACUUUAUAAAGAAUAUUCCGCCCCCAAACAAGUCAAUACCACCUCCUAGCAUUCAGGACACUACAAUUAGUGCUAAUAUUUCUGUACCACCUCCAGACAUUUCUAAUCCUGGGCCUACUUGUAUGCCCCCUCCAAACGUUUCAUCACAAAAUAUCCCUCCUCCACCGUCUCUGGCUCUAUUACCUCCGUCACCACAAAGCGUGCCUCCUCCUCUUCCCCAAAGUGUGUCGUCUCUUAUUAUUUCCGAAAACGUCGGCCAAUCCGUUAUGACACCACAGACAAUUAUAGUUCAUUCAGUGCCACCUCCAUCCCAAAAUAUUCAGUCUCUUCAACUGCUUUCUCCUUCGUCAACUAUUCAGAACGUUUCCUCUCAGUUACCGUUACAGACGGUUUCUCAAACAUUGCCUCCGACUCCCGUUAUCCCUGUUACACUGACAUUACAGUCGGGUACAGAAGUGUCGAAUGCUACUGAAACUAACGUUAUCAUUUCUCAGCAGUUGUUACAAGGGAACCCGGGACAGAUUAGCGUUGCCACUCCAAAUUUAAAUAUACAUUAUCCUCCCCCUAUUGUGAAUAAUAACAUUCAGGGACUGCAACAAACUUUUAUUACACAGCCACCUCCUAUUACAAACCAUACCAUGCCACCUAUGAAUAUACCGCCACCAGCAUCUAUUCCGAAUUCCGCACCCCCUCAGGAGAUUAAAUCUCUCCAAGCAGUGUAUUCCUCAGGUACGGCCGAAUACGAGGCAAUGGUGUCACUGGGGCGAAUGGUAGCCCAAUGUGGACCCGGCAUCGAGGACAUUGUGCGUCAGCGCAAGCAACAAGAUCCCCAUCUUUGGUUUUUAUUUCAUAAAGAGUCCGCGCCUUAUCGGCAGUAUCAACAAUUAGUCGAACAGUUCAGUGUGGAGACAGAAAGGGAGAAAAAAGAAUUUAGAAAUGCCCAGCAAAACGAAAACAAUUUGAUGAAAGGGGAAAAUUCAGAUUUAAAUGAAAAGGAUAAUGAUCAGGACUCAGGGGCAGGUAAAAGAAGGAGACGGAGUCGUUGGGGAGAUAAAGAUCAAAAGAUGACCCUCCCCACAAUGAUGAUGGUAGGCAAUUCAAAUGCCUCCGUCACUCCCACCUCUAUUCCUAUAAAUAUCGCAAUUAAUCCUGUCCUUAAUGUUCUGCCACCAGUUCCAGUCGUGUGUCCUCAAAAAUCUCAAGGACCCGUUUUACUUACGUCUUUAACCAGAAACGAUCCAGCUUUUAUUCAGUACGUUAAACAAACAUAUGGGUCUGUUGAUUUAACUGAAGAAGACUGGAAAAAAGCUGAAGACAAUUUCAAAGUUAGUCUUUUAUAUCAAGAGAUGUUAAAGAAGAAACAGGAAGCUGAACGAUUGGCCAAAACAGGUAAACAUAAAUAUGACUACGAUUCAGAUGAAGAAACAGAUGGAGGUACUUGGGAGCACAAACUUCGAGAGAAAGAAAUGCAAAAAACUCAAACUUGGGCUGUAGAAUUAACGAAAAAUGCAGAGGGGAAGCACCACAUUGGCGACUUUUUACCUCCAGAAGAAUUGCAGAAAUUUUUAGAUAAAAAAGGAAAAGGACCAAAUGAUGGUUCCGACUACAAGGAUUUUAAAAUUAAGGAAGACAAUAUCGGUUUUAAAAUGUUGCAAAAACUUGGCUGGUCCGAGGGCCAAGGACUUGGAGCAACAGCUUCAGGAAUAGUGGAACCAGUCAAUAAGGCUCUCGUAAGAGAUCAAAAUCAAGGAUUAGGUUUAGCAUCAUCUGCAGUGGAAGAAAAUGACGAUGAAUAUGAAUCGUAUCGGAAAAGGAUGAUGUUGGCUUACAGGUUUAGACCAAACCCUUUGGUGAGAAAUUUCUCUUAUAAACAUACCAAUUAGUAGUUUAAAUUGAUUAUUAUUUGCAGAACAAUCCUCGGCGACCAUAUUAUUAACUUAACAGUGUACAAUUAGAUUAUUAUUGUAAAUAUUUGUAUUGUACCUUUUUCAAUUCUUUAGUUUGCCUGUGUGGAAGUUUAUAGAAUUAUAUAAAUAAAUGCUUCCUUUUUAUAAAA